GCGGCCGCAGCGCGGGGCCGAGCCCCGGGACCCCUCCUUCCGGGGGUGACGCUGCGGAUGCUCCUGGAGCUGCCCGGAGGUGACAGCGGCGAUUGUCGCCUGCUCAUCACCGCCCGCGGCCACAGCAUUCCCGCCUGGAACCGCGGCGCCGCCAGCUCCGACGACGACCCCCCUCCCUCCACGGGGCGCAGGCGCUGCGCCUCCUGCGGCACCCCGCGGACCCCGAUGUGGCGCACGGCCGAGGGCGGGACGCUGCUGUGCAACGCCUGCGGCAUCCGGUACCGGAAGUACCGGGUGCGGUGCCAGAGGUGCUGGAACGUUCCGGGCCGCAGCGGCCGCGCCCGGUGCCCCCGGUGCCCCGUGGGAGACGGCGGCGCCACGGCGGCGGGGUGA